AUGUCGUGGCGUGACGGGCACGUGUUCAUCACCGAGCUGCCGCUGCCACUGCAUACGGCCCUCGUUGCCGCGUGCAACAGCGUCGUCGAAGCAGCGACGGGCACAAGCAACUGGCAUCUCAAGCACUAUCGCAGUGCGAUGGUGGCGUCGCUGAGCCUGCUCAUCGAACCCGACUGCAGCUACGGCCCGGACCGUGGUGUCGGCGGGUCGCUUCCGCGCGGCCUCCUCUCGUGGGCCGAGUACCACACGGUCAAGGUCGAGAUUGGCGUCACGCGCGGCUGGACGCAGCUCGAUGUCAAGGCCGGCGAAUGGCACCGUUUUCCCGGCGUCCAGUACAUUGUGUGCAUCCAUGUCUCGAGCGACCGUCGCGUGCGUGAGUACAAGCUCUACGACGUGGUGGCGGGGCAGCCGCUUGCGCCGGUCGCGCCGCGGCCCAUUGAAGCGUCGACUGUGCUUUCGCUUGACUCGCGUCGCCUCCUCGGGCUCCCUGCAUCAGAACGCUUCCCGACGCGGUUCGCGCAGCCCAGCAUGCGCGUGUCGCUCUCAGAAAUUGUGACGACCGCCAUCGCCAAGCAAACCAACUAA